AUGACUGACAGCCGCGCCAGUGCGCUCAGCGUGGUCAGUGACCGCGGCCGGAUCAUUGGGCUUUGGGAGGCAGGCAAGUCCAAAGUCGAGAUUUCGCGACAGCUCGGCGUGCACCGAACCACCGUUCACAAGUGGAUAAAGCGCUGGAGGCAAGAGGGAUCGCUCAAGACGAAGCACCGCUGCGGACGGCCCCAAGUCACCAGCCAUAAGCAGAACAGGGCCAUUGUGGAGCGUGCUCUCGAAAGGCCACUGACCCCGGCCGUGAAGCUGACCAAGGAGCUGAAGCUGCCCUGCAGUGUGUGGACUGUGCGGCGACGCCUUCAUGCAGCGGGCAAGCUGGGCGCCGAUCGCGAAGGAGGUGCGAUCUCCUGA